AUGGGUGGGGUUCUUCCCACAACCAGAAAUGUGCAAGCAUACGUACCAAACUGUGCAGAGUUUGAGAUAGCACGCAGAGUAUUAGGUUAUUGUGCAACUAGCGUAACCUCGCGGCGAAAAUCGAAUCGCAACCGUUCGCCCAAACGUGACCCUCCCCUCGCCCUCGCUUUCCUUUCCCACGCUUCCGCUCUCUUUCGCCUGCGUCGUCGCCCUCGCUUCCGCAGCUCGUCGCGUGCCCGUCGCCUUCGCUCCGCCCGUCGCCUUCACUUCCCCCCCGUCGCCUUCACUCCCCCCCCUCCCCCCCCUCUUCCGUUGCCUUCAUUUCCCCCUCUCGUCGCCUUCACUUCCCCCUCCCGUCACCCUCACUUCCCCUCCCGUCGCCUUCAUUUCCCCCUCCCGUCGCCUUCACUUCCCCCUCCCGUCGCCUUCAUUUCCCCCUCCCGUCGCCCUCACUUCCCCUCCCGUCGCCUUCAUUUCCCCCUCCCGUCGCCCUCACUUCCCCUCCCGUCGCCUUCACUUCUCCCCCCCGAUGGCUUCGAUUCCCCUUCCCGUCGCCUUCCACGCCUGCCGCACUCGCUUUCCCGCCCGUCACACUCGCUUCCCCACCCGUCACCUUCACUUCCCUUCCCAUUGCCUUUCACUCUCUCCUGUUCACUCUCUUUCCCCCUGCUCACUCUCUUUCCCCCUGAUCACUCGCCUCCCCCCUCCUCAAUCUCUUUCCCCUGCUCAUUCUCUUUCCCUCUGCUCACUCCCCUUGUUCUAACCCCACUCUCCCCAUUUUGUCACCCAUUUUCCCCCUUCACGCUCUCUUACCCCCUCUGCUCGCCCCUGUUUUCCCGGCUCACUCCUAUACUCACUCUCUCCCCCCCUGCUCACUCUCUUCCCCCCCUACUCACUCUCUUUCCCCCUUCUCACUCUCUUUCCCCCUUCACGCUCUCUUUCCCUCCCUUCCGCCCGUUGCCCCCCUUCGUCUCAUCGCCCUCCCUGCUGCUCGUCGCCUUCGCUCCCGCUCGUCCCCUCGCAAUCCCCGUCUCUCUCUCCCCCCGUCGCCCUCCCUUCCACUCCUCGUUGCCCUCGCCAUCCCUCCCUUCUCCCUUCCCAUCUCGCACACUUGUCACGCCCCCUUUCCAACCCGCACAUAAACCCUUCCCUUCUUCCCUAUUUCCACGUAUCCCCUGCGCUGCUUUCCCCCAUCCUCCGACUUGCUCCCCCCAUCCCCUUCCCUGCUUCCCCCCGUCCCCUCCCCUGCCUCCCCCCAUCCCCUUCCCUGCUUCACCCCAUCUCCUUCCCUGCUUCCCCCCAUCCCCUUCCCUGCUUCCCCCCAUCCCCUUUCCUGCUUCCCCUCAUCUCCUUCCCUGCUUCCCCCCACCCAUCCCCUUCCCUGCUUCCCCCCAUCUCCUUCCCUGCUUCCCCCCAUCUCCUUCCCUGCUUCCCCCCAUCUCCUUCCCUGCUUCCCCCCAUCGCCUUCCCUGCUCACCCUUGCUCCCUCUGUUUCACCCUUGCUCCCUCCCCUUCUUCUCUUCUCACUCUCUUCCCCCUUGCUCACUCUCUUUACUUCUGCUCACUCUGUUCCCCCCUGCUUCCUCUCUUCCCCUCUGUUCAAUCUGUCCCCCGCUGCUUCUUCUCUUCCCCUCUGCUCAUUCCGUUUACUGUCUUCCCCCCUUCACUCACCCCCAUACCCCCCAAUGCAGUUACAGGUGCCCAGGACCAGAUGUGGCUUUACCAUGGCCUAGUUUAUUGCUUGCAGUAUAG